UAGAUGUAUAUACUAUUUUUCUCAAUAAUACAAUAUGCGAACUGAAGAAUAGUUAUUAAGCCGGUUUUGGAAGUCGAGAAAGUAGUUGAAAAGAGAACAUAUAUUUUAUAUCAUAGUUUUAUUUGAUUCAAUUAAACGGAGUGAUGUGCUCCAAAGAGCUUUAUGCUAUCAGAGAAUGGGCGCCCUUGACGGAUCUGAUCGAACGCAUUCCAAGCCGCACACAGAGAGGAUUUCUUUCUGUCGAUGUAAAUAUAACAUGCAUUGAUGCUGUAAACGAAUUCAUAGCCUUAGGCAGUGAUGUAGGAAUAGUUUUCUGGUAUAAUCGCUUUACUGGAAACGUUCAAAAACUAAAAGCUGAAGUUGCAACGCGCAUAACUUGUGUUAAAAUUGUUAAUUCUGUUGAAUUUAUGGUGGCAGCGGGCAAUUCAACUGGACAAGUAAGUGUGUUUCAAAUACAAAAAGAAUUACCACCUGACCUCAACUUGGUUGGACCGUGUGCGCGCCCAAAGCCAAUUGAACGUUAUACCAUACGUGAUCUACAUCGGAGUGCUGUAAGUUGCAAUGAAUGGUCCAAAAAUGGGAUGAAGCUAUAUUCUGGUGACAGACUUGGGGUAGUUGUGCUGACUGAAUUCGACUAUCAAGCGCAUAUAAGUAAGUCUGUGGAAAUACUAAGUGAAGCGUAUGAAAUAGUACAAAUGAAUGUGUAUCAAAGUUAUCUCUUAGUAUCCACAUUAUACCGUUCAAUAAUAUGUCAACGUUGCACAACUAGUGGGCAAUGGCAAAUAACUCAAGUUGGUAAAAAGGAUCGUAAGCAACUAGUAGACUGUGGCGGUGUGUUUUUAAAAACAGGUGGUAAAUCAUUAAGUUUGAUUUGCGGCCGACCUGGAUUACGGUUUUGGUUAGCUGAUACUGAUGGCAACGUUGAAAAAACUUAUUUGUUUAAAGAAGCCAUUCAUUGUAAUCCAACAUGGGUGAUACCUAUAUUAAACCCAAAACAGGAUAUAUAUCGCUCGACACAGCACGAAAGCAAUGUAUCUGAUUCGGUAAGAAACUUUGGUGUCAUGUAUCCUUAUAUUGGAACAGAUACAUUGAUUGUGACACACGACGAAAUCAAUUUGUAUAUAUUGAAUUUGGAUCGCUUGUGUGUAGAGGCAGUUGCCAAGGGUUUUCGUAAAAUUUUGGAUUUUUGUGUGUGUGAUAAUGAAAUUUUCGUCUUAGAAGGUGAACGUUCCGUUUUGCGACUAGCGCCAAUGCCGGAGAAGCCCAACAAAACUGCCAAAAUUAUAUUUAAUCCACUUAUGCCACCGCCUGUUCCUGUAUUGGGUUCUGCUAUAUGUGGUACAUUUGAGUCUCCUGUUGAAUAUGAACCAGACGAACAGUCUAUUAUUAAAGCUGAGGAAUGUUUUGAAUUAUCACCAAUUGAACCUAAUAAAUAUAUACCUAUUGAGUUAGCGGUAGAGUCGCCACGUGCCGAACAGAACCGUCGACUCGAAAUAUUUAAUCAAAUAUCACAAAUGGAUUUUGAUCAAUCAAUACUUCAUCAUAGUGGCGUAUUUGUAAAUGGUCGAAAAAAGCGUAAAAGUCGCGAUAAUUCUGUACCUUCAAAAGCUGAAGGAAUUGUUGAAAUUGGACAAGUAGCAGACGUAAAAUUAGCGCAAAAUGAAAAAGCCGAUGGUGAGCACAUACAAAACAGAGAUUCCGACAAAAAUGAGGAAACAAACCGGAAAAGUUUUGCUGCAAAAAUCGAUAAAUCAAACGCAUCGGAAUUUACGUCAAAGCCAACUUUAAUGGACGUUAGCUAUUGCUUACCAGAAAGUAUAAAAAGCGACCAAGAAACUCAAACGUUUGGUCUAGGUUCACCAGCUGGAAUUGAAAGGAGUGAUGAACUAAAAACCUUUUCAGAAGAAUUAAAGUUGUCAGAUAACUUAUAUAUCAACGAAAACAUGAACAUCUCACAAGUAUUAAGCUCGUCAAUUAAAGAAUUAAAACACGCAUAUCCUAGACAGUCGAAAGUUGAAGACGCUGGCGUACAAACAAGUCCAAAUAAAAAGUUCUACUACGUGCCUGACUUUAGUACAGGACAACCGGUGGAUGAUAUCAUUCAGACUUUACGUGAAACAAAUUUAGCAGAAGAUUUCCCUAAUACCAAUACUACCAGUAACGAUGAAGUAUGUGCUCCAACAUUAGAGGAAGAACUAUUGGGAGCAGUUGGAGGUAUAUCGUCACGGCAAGCAUCUAACAGUGUUGAAAAACAAUUUGUACACAUGCCACCAGUAAAUACCGAAAUUGACAGUUUCCUCUUAGAUUUUAGUCGAGCUCGAGAUCCUUUGCAGAAAAACACACCACCACCUUCUGCGGAAUCAAACACAUCAAGUGAUUGGGAAUUCUUAGAUAAUUAAACCAAUAAGUAUAUUCAAAACAUUCUUUAUUUCUUAAUUAAACUUAACAUAUAACAUAUGAUAUUAAACUAUUCCAGUUCCAAAGUCUUAAUUGUAUUCAGUGAAACUUUAAUGUUGUGAACACUCAA